AUGAUGCAACAUCAAUAUUGGGUGACAAAAAAGACAGUGUUAAAAAAACUGGGCACUAAAGAAGAUGAAUGUAUUGUAGCUUCUGAUGCCGAACUCGACGCAAAGUUGGAAUUAUUUCAGUCAAUAUCCGACAGUUGCUUGCAUUUACAGCGUGUAUUGGAUCAGUAUCAGGAACGGUUAUGUGUGUUAGCUCAAGAGGAAAACACUCUAGGAAAAUUCUUGCGAGAUGCGGGCAAAAACAAUGAUGCAGCCGGAAAACAUAUGGCGUGUGCUGGAAAAGCGAUUUCAUACUCGGGCCAGCAGCGUGUUUCUGUUAGAAACCCCCUGCUAAGACUAUAUCAUGAGGUUGAAACAUUCAGAUGUCGCGCUGUAAAAGAUAUGCGGCUAACAGUAGCAGCAAUGGAGAAGGCUCGAAUUGAAUAUCGUGCAGCUUUGAGUUGGAUGAAAUCAAUAAGCGCGCAGUUGGACCCCGAUACCGGAAAGGGUCUAGACAAUUUUCGUAAAGCUCAACGCCAAGUUAAAGAGAGCAAGAAAAACUUUGAUAAACUCACCUUGGAUGUUUUACAAAAGAUAGACUUAUUAGCUGCUGCCCGAUGCAACAUGUUCUCCCAUGUUCUGUCAAGCUACCAAAAUUCAUUUCUGAGCUUUUCUACAAAGGCUGCACAAACGUUAACUGCCACUAUUGAAAGUAUGAGUGCCACUCCACAAUAUGAAUUCUGCAUUUUAAAAAGCUUAGCUGAAAAUGAUAAUGAUGAAGAAAUUUUGGGUCAGGACAAAGAUCAACUCUUGUUUUUCCAGGAUGCAUAUAAGGACGAUGACAAUCCAAAAACAACAGCUUUAGAAAGCCCAAACAACAAUGACGUUGGAAAGGAGACUUCUACUGAUAAACCAAUUGAGGCAUCCACUUCUGCUACCCUCAUAAGCACAGAUAUGGAAAAGCAAGAAGAAACUAUGUGUGGUAGUGGAGAUUUAGCUGGUCUACAUUUAGGAGGCAAUGAUUUGCCUAAUAAUUUUGCUUUCAUGCCAUCACAACUUCUACAAGACUUUGCAGGAUCCUUUUUGGAGGCUCCUUUGCAACCUCUCAAUACGAAAACUGAUCCUGUUGAUGAAAAUCCCAAAAUGUCCACAAAACAAGUACCAGCACCAAAAAGAGAAGAUAAAGUUGCUUGGUUCAAGCUUUUUGCUGAACUGGAUCCAUUAGCUAACCCCGACAAUAUUCCUGGGUCUAAUCAUAACCAAAGCCAUGCUGCUUAA